GAAAUCCCAACCAAAAACCAUGAGAUUCCGGCGGUGUUGAUAAAGCGGAUUUUGCUUGGACUUGACGGGUGUGUACCCUCCUGAACUUUGGACGUGGACGCUGCAGUGGCUAUGGCAAUCCAUCAGUGAUCUCUUUCAACAAGAAGACCACCACUCAGAACUCACGGGUCAAUGCUAAAGUAACCGGCGACGAGCCUGAACCAAGAGAUACCUUAAUCAUGACGCCAAGAACUGGCACGGCGCCCGCCUCACACCCGGCCCUGGCCCCGGCCCCGGUUCCGGACCAUGCCCAAGCCGGCCUCCGGCAACGCCGCCCCUCCACAUCCAGCAAAGGCACCUCAACCUCAACCUCAACCUCAACCUCAACCACCCUCCACGCCGCCGCCCAAGUCCUCGAAAGCUCAGUGGAAACAAUUGAAACAACCGUCCUUCGCCUCCUCCACUGGGACGACCUGCCCGCCUGGCGGCGCGACAACCCCUCCAUCCUCUCAGGCUACCGCCCCACGUCCAACUCUCUCCACGCCUCGCUCCAGAGCCUCUUCUACCUGCACAACGAAUCCGUCAACGUCUGGUCGCACCUGCUUGGCUCCGUCGCCUUCGCCUGCACCGGCGCCUACUGCUACGCCCUGGUGGGGCCGCGGUACGCGUCCGCCAGCGCGGCCGACGCGCUCGUGUUUGCCUGUUUUUUCGGCGGCGCGUUCUGCUGUCUCGGCAUGAGCGCCGUGUAUCAUUUGCUGUGUAACCACAGCGAGGCGGUGGCGAAGUGGGGGAAUAAGUUGGACUAUACGGGGAUUGUGUUUCUGAUUGUGGGGAGCUAUGUGCCGGCGUUGUGGUAUGGGUUUUCUUGCGACGCUGGGUUGUUGACGGCGUAUUUGGGGGCGAUUGUCCUGCUCGGGUUGGGGUGCGUCGGGGUGUCGUGGUUUGAGCACUUCCGCACUCCGGCGUGGAGGCCGUACCGGGCGUUGAUGUACGUUGCGCUCGGCUUGUUCGGGAUCGUGCCCAUUCUUCAUGCCCUGAUGUCCCGCGGGUAUCGCGAGCUGGAUGAGAGGAUGGGCCUCAGUUGGGUCAUUGUUCAGGGCGCGUUGUAUAUUUUCGGCGCUUUUGUGUACGCGGUCAGGUUCCCGGAGCGCAAGUAUCCGGGCAAGUUUGACAUCUGGGGAAGUUCACACCAAAUAUUCCACGUGUUUGUCCUCCUUGCGGCGGCCACGCAUUUGUACGGCAUGACCAGGGCUUUUGACUUUCACCAUAGUGUUCUUGGAGCACAGUGUCAGAUGGGUAGAGCAUAGAGGCUGGGCGAGAGCAUAGAGGUUGGGCGAGAGCAUAGAGGUUGGGCGAGAGCAUAGAGGUUGGGCGAGAGCAUAGAGGUUGGGCGAAAGCAGAGAGGCCGGGCGCAGACAAAUAGAUGUGUUGACAUUCCCUGCUGAUUGGAGGACACCUUAUGUCUUGAUGAUACAAAGGGUAUCAAAACG